GCCACCGGGGGGAACAACAAGCAGCUGCCGGGCGGUUAUUUCCAGCGUCGGUGGUGCAGCAGAGCAGAUCCUGGUCUCACCGCAGCUCUGUCGGCACACACAGCCUGUCUGCCUGCCUGCCUAUCUGUCUGUCCGUACGGACACCGCAGACAGUUAGUCAGUGAGCCCGCACGCAGGCAGGACAGCCGGCCAUGAGCACGGCGUUCCCCUGUCGGCCUCCACUCACAUCCAGAGAGCAUCUGCAGCCGAAAUCUGUGUGAUCUGUCCGUUCAGAGCGGAGGAGGGAUGUUGAGCACUGCAGCAGACAUGCCGGGCCCGCUCCUCAUCACACUGAUUGCUCUUCUGGCCGGCUGCGAUGCCUUCAGAUUGGGUUCGUCCCAGCGCGCCAUACCCCUCAGUUCUCCGGUGACCCGUCUAUUCCAGGAUGAAGGCCCAGCCCAGCCACACUUCAUCCAGGACUUAGUCAGAACCAAACGCCACUCAGUCCAUGAGUUAGUGCGAGCCCAGCCUCAUUUGGUUCAUGACAUGGGCUGGCCAGAGAUACAUGAAACAUCCCGUUCCCAGGCCAAGAUGGACUCCGCUAACUCCUCUCAGUUAAACCCACCAUCAUCUGCCAGUCAGGAUAUAACCAGGACCCGUCCUGCUGUGGAUGAAAACCUAGAUGUGGAAGAUGAGAUGGAGCGUAUGGUUCAUCUGGCGGUUCCCCAGGAUGAAGAAAGCUACAGGGGACACCAAGACUCCACUGACCCAGAGAAGGAGCUCCUUGGUGGGCCAGGAGCUGGCGACGCCUCCCUGGAGGCCUCCGGCUUCUAUGGAACGGACAUGGAGGACAGAGACAGAGGAGAGGAGGGAGGAGAGGACCGAGAGAGGAGAGGGGGAGAGGACGAGUGGGAGAGAGACACAGGGGAGGACAGAGAGAGGAGAGGGGAAGACGCCAGAGAAGAUGAAGAAGAGAGGGGAGGAGGAACAGACGAUCAAGAUGUCCAUGUAUUGGAUGCCUUAGAAGCCAACCACACAACCCCAGAUCUGGAUGCUCUGAUUGGCUACAGUCCAUCUUUCCACCCCUCCAGCCCCAAGCAGCCCAGCAUCUCCCCGCCAGCCGAGGUGCCUGAUUCUGGGCUACAGGAGCAUCGUGCAUCCCCGGUCCUGGAGGUGGGUCCUUUAGAAAGAGAGCUGUGGGAAGCAGAGGGGGAGGAAGAUGGUAAUUCCAGUGGCUAUGGAGUCCUUCAGUCCUCCUUCACUACAACUAGUACUACAUCUACUGCUACUUCGACUGCUGCUGCUGCUGCUGGUGGAGACGCUGUAGGAACUGCCACCCCUGAGACUGACACAGGCACAGACUUUGGGCUGCUUGGAAGUUAUACAAAAGAUGAGACAGAGGAUGAAGACACAGAGAGGGGGGAGGAAGAGGAAGAAACAGAUCUGGCACACAAAAGCGGAUUUACCCAGAAUCCCACUGUACCAGAGGUUGGCAUAGCUCCCAGCAGAGAGCCCUUGCAGCCCAGUGUGGAGGAAGAGGAGGAGCUGGAACAGGGAGAACAUGAGUUCAGAGGGGUGAGACCGAAAGACAGAAGUGAAGAGGUGGGGGAGGAGAAAUGGAGAAAGAUGGAAGAAGAGGAAACAAGAAUCCGACACAUUGUCCCGCUCACCACAGAUCCCUCCCCCACCAUCGGCUUCACCGACUCGUCCUGGGAUUGGCUGGAAAAGACCACGCCCCCGCUGGCCCAGAGGUCGGAGGUCAGGAGAGGUGGAGUCACAGAGGUCUUAUUACCGGACAGUGAUUUCGAUGAGAUGGAGGAGGCACGGCAGGUGGUGUGUUUAAACUGGAGCGAGCUGGUUGGACGAGGCUAUGUCAUCCUCAACAUGACGCAAAACUUGAACUGUGAGGAAUUUCGUGUAGACCAGGGCGUACGGUUGUUGAAGAUCAUGGAGCGAGUGUUUGCUCGAAGAAUGAACAGCCCCGAGGGAUCAUGGAUACUUUCCCUCAGCAAGCCUACACACCAGCAACACCAGCUGCUGAUGAACGUGGCAUCUGAGAAUGGAGUGAUAGCUACCAAGGACGUGCUGGGCAUGCUGGGAGAGAUCAGGAAAAGUUUGAAUGAGGUGGGCAUCCAGAACUACAGUGCGGUCAGUAGCUGCCAGUCUCGGCCCAGUCAAACACGCAGCGACUACGGCAAACUGUUUGUGGUUCUUGUGAUCAUCGGCUCCGUCUGCAUGGUCAUCAUCACAUCUGGAUUCAUAUACAUCUGCUGGCAAAGACGACUGCCUGCAACUAAGACUACGUUCCGUGCUGAGGAACUUCACUUUGUGGAGAACGGUUGCCACGACAACCCCACGCUGGAUGUGGCCAAUGACAGCCAGCCCGAGAUGCAGGAGAAGAAGCCGAGUACCAAUGGGCUCGCAGGCGGAGGAGAAGGAGGCGGGGAGGACAGAAAUCGCUGGCAGGUGUUUGUCAAUCAAGCAGCGACUGAGGAGGAAGAAGAGGAGCAGGACACACAUCUCUGAUGGACGAAGAGGAAGAGGAGACAGGUUAUGAAGGAUGGGCAUCUUUGAUAGACAGAUCAUAAGUGGAGCCUAGAGGGAAGAAAAGGAAGACAGUA